UUGCUAUAGUCAGUACUAGCAAGAUGAGUGUCACUUGAAAGUGUAAUGGUGUAUAUGUACUGUUUGAUUCACACCCCUAAUGGUCCCAGCUUUGAAUGUUGGGAGGGCCUUUAAAGAUAAGGAUAUGAUACUCCUAUUACCUUACUGUUGUGGGAUGUACUUGCCGGGUUUUAUUUCUGUUUAUAGCUUUAGUUUGAUACCCAUGUGAAUGGCUGGUUUUAUUUUGGCAAAUUGAUAUCAAAAUGUCGAAAUUUCCCCCUCAUAGUAACCAACUGAACUGUAUCCUACCAGUAGUUUCCCUCUUACAGGUUGGUCUGGUAGAGAUUGAAGUUAGUCCAACUACACCUGUUCCAUUACUGAUCAUAUUUGCAAUGCACAGUGCAGUCCUAGUCUUCAUUCAUCUCCUCUCACUGAUGCUGGCUACUUUCCUCCUACCUGAACUAGAAGCAGCUGGUACUGGAGAUAUUAGCAGUUCUCUUGAUAUUGCCAAGAGUUUCACUGUACAGCUCUGUUGGGUUCUCUCUAACGUCAUUGGAAUUAUUUUACUUAUUACAGAGAUCAUACUUGUUGCUUUCGUCAAGUUCUAUCCAACGGAAACAUCGGAACAUGAAAGCAUUCAUGCAGCAACAGCUACCAUACUGAUCCUGUUUGUAUUGUGUGUAAUGGCAGUUCCUCUUAUUAUCUACCAGUCACGUGUCGUUGCCAAGCAUAAGCUCAAGUUUCAUGAGAGAGGAUUGGGACGUGCUAGACAAAUGCUUGAAGACAUGAACUUUCAAAUAGGAGAAGGUGGAGAGUCUUCAUCAAGAGAUGCAACCAGUUACAAACCUUGAACUCUCAUAGUUAUGUUCAUUCAUCAACUCAUUCAUUUUUAAUAACUAGUUUUUAUAACUAUUUAAUAACUA